AUGCGGCCAUCGGUCAAAUGUCAAAUUGGUUAUGUCUACGAUUUUAUUGGACAUUGUCCAAUGAAAACUCUGCCACUAAGCUGCGAUUUUUUUCUCAACAAAUUUCUGAGCCUUGUUUUGCGGCUAUUAUUCUCGGGUUUGGACAAGAAUUCUUUGAAGAGACCUCUGUUUAA